UUAAGCUCAAGUAUUGAAUGAAACUCCACCACCGGUGCAGCAGUGCAGUGUUAAGUUUAAAUCAUAUUUAUUACGACGCGACGACAAAGUGAAAUGACUUAGAAUGAAGUUAGUUCUAUUAAGUGUGUUCGUAGCUUUAAGUUCAGUGUUAUCAAUAGAAUUAGAAAAAGAGUCUGAGGAGCUUCUCAUUGACCAAAGUAGUACAAAUGACGACGAAGUAAAUUUAAGUGUUGCCGAGAGCCAAGGCGCUUCGGUGGAUCAAGUUGAAGGUGGUAGGAGUAUCGAUGAGAGGAUUUAUGAACAUCAUGAGAACCAGCACGAGGUUUUCGAGAAGAAGGCCAAGCCCUUGAGGAACAUUUUCCUGGGUAUAUAUAAGAACUACAAGAGUACGUAUCUGGGAAACAGAACUUCAUCGGAGUAUCGGGAACUGCUAAAGGAUCGACAUUCAGUGGCAACAGCGACUCCAACCACCACCGAGGAGACUCCCACAACCGAAAGUAGUCAGAAACUCCGGAAGAAGAAAAAGAAAAGGCGAAGGAAUAAGAAGAAGCGAUCUGGCGCCACUAUAGAUGAAGAUCCUUUGAUCUACAACCAUCACGAUGAGGAAUAUCGAUAUAACUUCGGAACUGGUGUAAACAUGAGCCUAGACAUGAAGAACGAUUUAGUGAGUUUGAAUUUGAACGAAGAUUGUUUGAAGGACAUUAUAGUUUCCUGGAAUGACCCAAAUUUCGAAGGUCGUGGAAAAAAGAAUGGAAUGAUUUCGAAAAUUCUUCCACUCUUUAUUAUUCCAUUUCUCAUACAAUCGGCAAUGAUUCCGUUUUUGGUGACGAAAUUAAAGCUACUGCUUAUCAAAUCGAUAUUGGUUGGCAAACUGGCAAUUUUCUUGCUGGUAAUUUCAGCUUUGAAAAACAACAGCAAAAGUACACCGACAUAUGAAGUAGCUCCGUCUUAUUGGGCUGGAGAGCCGAGCAGGCGUUCGGAAGCUUAUAAUGGAUAUCGUGUUGAAGGAAGACCGUCUGCUAUAAUAAAUUAAUAAACUUGCGGAUAACUUAAGUGCAAUAAAUGUGAAUUACAACAA